GGGCGAAGGGCGGCCCACGACUGGCUGCUCCGUGUCUCUGAUGAGGACGCGCUCGGCCAGCGUCGACGAACCCGUGCGAGCCUGUCUCUCUUCCGGUAUAAAGACUUGGACAAUGUCCGGCUCAAGUUAGAGCGUUCUUCUGCACCCAGCUUCAGCAUCAGUCAUUCGCUACUACAUCUACCACCAGCUGCUCACUCGUUGCCUUCUGGCCAUUACACUCUUUUCUCCAGCAGCUCUCACACAGACAUCCGGCUAUCAGCUCUCUGGUAAUCUCUAAUCACUCGUUACUUAACAACAAAAACCCACCACCACAAUGUCUACCAUCACUUCCACCUUCAACUACUGCACGCCUCCGGCGUCGACGACGACCGUCGUCAGCACCGUCUACACGACUACCCUGCCCGCUGCUUGCGAGACUGGUUACUGGGACGCUACAUAUGUCAUCACCGACUACUGCUACGGCAGCUGCGAGUACUACCAGUACCCGGUCAUCCCCCCAGGAUUCGGUGUCACCACUGUCCACUGCCCCGUCUGCCCGACUCCGGAGUAUGUCAUCACCUGCCCGACUACCGGCACCGCCAAGCCUACCGGUCCCCUCCCUCCUCCUGUGAUCACUGGCAAUGGUGUUACCAUCACCUGCGACACCUGCGGUGUCACUCCCACCGUCACCAUCUACGAGUCUGAGGCUACCGAGGCUGUGGCCACCACCUACCCUCCCGGCCCCGUCGUGGUCGGCACCGGCGCCCCUGUCUACCCCCCAGUGGUUGUCACCACCGGCACCCAGGCUGGCCAGACCAACCCUCCCGUCGUCAUCGCCGGCGCCCCCUCCGUCUCCCGGAGUCUGGGUCUCAUCUCUGGUCUCGCCGUCAUCGCUGGCUACAUCUACCUUCUGUAAAUGGAUUGGCAGUCUUGGACUCCGUCUUCGAGGCGCUCUCUCAAGGCGUAAAAGCCAAAUUCUUUGGCAGAAAAGUUAUGUUGCAGAGGAAUAUGGCACAUGGUCGUGGUUUGUCGGCGCGGGAAAGGAUCAAUCAUGGGUCGUCCUCACCCUUGGCUUGAGCACACGCU